AGCGUGUCCGCGCGGGCGCGGAGCAGCUCAGAAGAUAAAGUAACAGUCCACUUCGUAAACCGUGAUGGUGAAACAAUAACAGCCAAAGGGAAAGUUGGUGACUCUCUGCUGGAUGUUGUGGUUGAAAAUAAUCUAGACAUUGAUGGUUUUGGUGCGUGCGAGGGGACCUUGGCUUGCUCCACCUGUCACCUCAUCUUUGAAGAGCACAUAUUUGAGAAGUUAGACGCAAUCACGGAUGAGGAGAACGACAUGCUCGAUCUGGCGUUUGGACUGACGGACAGGUCACGGUUGGGCUGCCAAGUGUGUUUGACAAAAUCUAUGGACAAUAUGACUGUUCGAGUGCCUGAAGCAGUGGCCGACGCCAGGCAAUCCAUGGAUAUGGGCAAGACCUCCUAGGAGAGAAUAAAUAGGAAUAUUUUCACCAAUCUUUACCUAUUUUUAUAAUUAUUGCUGGUGUAAUUAAAUGUGAACCUGGAUGAAUGGAUUUACUCUGACUAGCUUUGCUAUUUUAAUUCACACUAUAUAACUACUGAAGUUUGUAGUUCUGAAAGUAUGCAGUUUUUUAUUUGGGUUAAAUUGUACAAAUGUCAACCAAAUAUUAGAAAAUAGUUUAUAUGAUAAAACCUUAUAUCUUUUACCUUGUGUUUGUUUAGCAACUUGACCAAAAUGUUGUCACAUCAUCUGUUUACCCAGAAAGUAGAUUUACAGAAAGGCAUUGUUGUUCCUCUUUGAUGUGAGUGAAGGGGGAGGUCUAAAUGGCUUGUUUAGGACCAUACAACUAAUUAUAAAAUCUGUAGUAGAACCUGCAUCUUGAUAUUACAAGUUCAGACUGAAACUGGGUAUUGUAUGUCCAAACUGAAACUGGAGAAAUUAUUAAAUCUGAAGUGUAUGGACAAAAAUAUUUCAUUUCUCGAUGAAAUACCUGGCUUGAAAGAUAGUUGUUAAACUUAUGAAUAACUAUUUCAAAAUUUUGAUUCAGUGGGAAAUAUGUCAGAGCAUAGACAGUACAGCACAGUCAAAGAAGUUUGAGCUGCUUUGACUUAAUAGAAGGAAUAAACUAAAAUUAGAUGUCUGUUCUUUUUGUUCUAAGCAGAACAGUCUACUUUGUAAUCUUUAAAAAAAAGUGCUGAUUUACGAAUCUCUGCCUAUAAUAGAAUGGAAAUUUUUGAAAGUAGGUUUUACUGUUUUGAGCUGAAGAAAGGAAUGAGCAGGCUGCCACCUCGCACAGCCCCAGGGGGCGCCGUUCUCUCACACAAGGACGGAGCUGCGCAGUGAGCAGGGCGCUCGGCAGUGCAGGGCCGUCCCAGAGAGGAGGGGAUGGUCUGAGCACCAGCUCCCCCAUUACAUGUGGAAGACAUUUGUAUCCUUAUCUUUACUGCAAAUAAAUGCGUAAAAGUUAACGAAUA